UCUGCAACAUGGCGCUGGGCGGCGCCCUAUACCGAGCACCCAUCAAGUCGAGUUCAAAGAAUAUCCUUGACCUAGGGACGGGAACCGGAUCGUGGGCAAUUGACAUGGCCGAGUAUGACUUACAUCUCUUCCAGGAGUUCUUGCUAACUUGAGCUACGGUAGCCUCUUUCCCGAAGCCGUUGUGACUGGAAAGCUAUCCACUCUCAACAGUCUAGGUUUUUGAUUGUUGAUUAUUUGAUUACAGGGACGGACUUGAGCCCAAUUCAGCCGAAAUGGCGAGUCCUGGCGGCCUUGAAAGUUCUGGGACCACUGCUGACGAGGAAUUAGGAUACCCCCAAACUGCCGAUUCGAAAUCGAUGACUUCGAAUCGCAGUGGAACUUCUCGCACCAGUUCGACUUCAUCCACAUGCGAGGCAUAGAAGGAUCGGUCAAAGACUUCGACCAACUGUUCACACAAGCUCUCAACAACCUCACCCCCGGCGGAUGGUUUGAAAUCUGCGAUUUCACCGUAGGAGUCUUCUCCGACGACGACUCUGCCGAAAAGGCGAUCAAUAUGCAGCGAUGGCGCGAACUCUUGAUCGAGGCGAGCACCAAAUUCGGGAAGCAGCUCAGUGUGGCGAAGAACUAUAAGCAGUGGAUGGCUGACGCUGGGUUCAGCAACGUCCAGGAGGAUAUCCGCAAAGUGCCAUUCUCUCCAUGGGCAAAGGACCCGAAGCUCAAGGAACUAGGGAGAUACCAGCAGACGAAUAUGCUGGAGGUGCUUGAAGCGUAUUCAUUGGCGUUGAUGACCCGCUUCCUAGGGUGGACAGUGGAGGAUGUUAAUAUACUACUAGGCGAAGUGCGAAAGGAGCUGCUGGACCGGAGAUUGCACAUCUAUUCCCGACUGUAUGUAGUGUACGGACAGAAGUUAUGAACAAUUGAUUGAUCAGGCAUUGGAUGAUAGCAUCUCAGUGUAUUAUUGCGGUGUUGUCGUUAUCUUCGGCUGCUUCCGAGAUCGGGAUGGAUGACGCAAUAACACAGCAGUUAGCAAUAACGGCGGACUCUCGCCGAGAGGAGAGUCUAGACAUCGGGUAGCGAAGUCAGAGCAGCUCAAGCUAGGAAAAACUAGAGGCGGCGAAAAGUGUCGGGCUGCGAUUAGUGUAGAAAGUGGAGGAUGGGCU